AUGGCGGUUGUCACCAUCCUCAGCGGCGCAGCCAGCGGCAUCAUUGCCUCGGCCGUCGAGUCAGUCAUCGAUCUCAUCGUUGACCUCACCGAAUGGGACGAUGUCCGUAAGGCAUUCACCCGCGACACGGUAGACGCCAUGUGGGGUAAUAGGACGCACAAUUACGAUGCCGCCAUCUGCUACAACCUUGACUACGACGUAGCGGACUGGGAUCGGAUCUACGAAAAGACAGCGGUUAAAUUAGAGCUGGGCCUGCUGCAUACCGAUUACGAUUGCUUCUUCAUGAAUGGGGAAAAUGAUUUCUGGGCCCUCGACGAUGGCGGGGGCAUCAAUUUGGCGGCUACCGGCAGGCAGGACCAGUGUGCCAGGGACGAAAACGAUGACCUUCACCUCCACUGUGACUGA